AACCAGAUAAACAAACAAACGUCAAACGAACGCACGUGCUGGCGUAGGUGCCGAUACAGUAAAAAAAGUUUAUUUCAUGUGCAGUUAAAAUGUCUCAAUUCAAGAAAACCGAUAGUAAAAUCUACGCAAAAACCGCGACGGUACUGUCGCCGGACACAAUAUAUUGGAAAAAGCUAGGGGUGCCCACACUGGUAAAAGAGUUCGGUGCCAUCGACUACAUCGACUUCUGUCCGGUAGAACCGUACCUGUUCGCGGUGACUGCCUCGGUCCGCGUGCAGAUCUACAACCCCAUUACAAAGCUCGUGGUGAAAAACAUAACAAAGUUCCAAGAGGCAGCCCACGGCGGAUCGUUUCGCAAGGAUGGCAAUCUGCUGGUGGCGGGCGACGAACUCGGCAAAGUGCGCCUGUUCGAUGUGACCACGCGCACGAUCCUACGAUACUUCGAGGGUCACAAGGCUCCGGUGCAUCGCACGUUCUUUACCGCGGACGGACACCAUGUAGCGAGCUUCUCGGACGAUCGUACCGUCGGGUACUGGGAUAUUGCGACGGAAAACCAUCUGCACACGUUCACCGGCCACGAGGACUACAUACGGGCCGGUUGCACCAGCCCGGUCAGCCCGAACAUAAUCCUGUCCGGUGGGUAUGACCGUAAAAUCCGAAUGUACGAUACGCGUGUGAAAGAGUGCGUCAUGACCGUGGACCACGGGCAGCCGGUAGAGUCGUUGGUGUUUCUGCCGAGCGGUGGCAUCUUCAUCAGUGCCGGCGGUACCUCGGUGAACGUAUACGAUGCCCUGUCCGGCGGCCGGCAGCUGGCCCAGCUCUCCCAGCACCACAAAACGGUCACCUGCCUGCAGCUGGCCAGCGAUGGCAAGCGUCUGUUUUCCGGCAGCUUGGACCGGCACGUGAAGGUGUACGACAUAGCCACCUACCAGGUGGUGCACACGAUCGACAGCUCGAACGCGAUUCUGAGCCUCGGCAUCUCGAAGAACGACGACACGCUCGUGACGGGCAUGGUGGACGGUUUGAUCGCCAUCUAUCGGCGCGAGGGCGAUCCGCGGGACGAGCAGCCGACACAGCGGGUGCGCAAGGGCCACCACCAGCACAUCUUCGAGCCGGCCGACCAGCAGGUGGAGGAGUUCAAGUUCGUGCGCUACGAAGGGCACGAUCGGGCACUGCGUAAGUACGAGUACAAGAAGGCACUGGAUGCGGUCAUGGCGGCCAAGGUAAGGGGAAUGUGGCCGGAGAAAACCGUGGCCCUCAUCAAGGAGCUAAUCCGGCGGAAGGGUCUGCACCGGGCGCUGGACGAUCGUUCGCCCGAGUCGUUGGUGCACUUCAUCAACUUUCUCACGCGCCACAUCGGCGACUAUCGGUUCACGCCCGUGCUGAUCGACGCGGGCAACAUUCUGCUGGACGUGUACGAAGAUUCGCUCGAAAAGUUUGCCGGCACGAUCGUGGGCAAAGCGUUCGUGACGCUCGCGAACAAGCUGCAGACGGAGGAGCAGCUGGUGCAGGAGUUCCUGAACCUGCAGGGUAUGCUGGACAUGAUUUCGGUGGCGGCGGAUACAGCGCAACCGGACACCGUGGACGAUGCGAUCGCACCGUACGACGCCUCGAACAAGGCGAAGAAUCAAACGGUCAUAUCGGUCGACUGACCGGAGCGUGUUUGCACGGGGAGGGAUAAAAAACGCAAGACAAAAUAGAAACUAUCAACCCAUACAGUAAA